GGGCCGACGUGCGGGGAGAAGGGUGGAGGCGCACACCUGGGCUCCCCAGCUCCCGGGCGGGGGCGGGCGUUAGGACCGAAGCGGCGCACCUGUUGGCGGGCUCUCGGGGCCCCGCCCGCCCUCCUCCCCCCGGUGCUGGGCCGGCUGGUGCUCGGGCGAGGGACAGCGAGAGCAGAGGGCCCUGGCGCGGCGGUGGCAGUGGCAGUGGCAGCGGCAGUGGCAGCGGCAGCGGCGUCCGGGGCGCACCAUGGCCGAGCUGCUGUGGAGCCUGCAGGAUUCCCAGCUCGUCGCCCGCUUCCAGCGCAGCUGCGGGCUCUUCCCGGGCCCGGAGGAAGCCCCCCGGGAGAACAGCGCCGGCCUCGCGGACGGCGUGGCGCGGGCUCCCGGGGUCGGUCACCACCUCGCGGCCAACGACAAGGGCGGCGGGGGACCGGCCAAUGGGCUGCGCGGAGUCCAGGCCCCGCAGGCUUAUGUGCAGAAGUACGUUGUGAAGAAUUAUUUCUACUACUACCUAUUCCGAUUUUCAGCCGCUUUGGGUGAAGAAGUGUUCUACAUCACAUUUCUUCCAUUCACUCACUGGAAUAUUGACCCUUAUUUAUCCAGAAGACUGAUCCUCAUAUGGGUGCUGGUGAUGUAUAUUGGCCAGGUGGCCAAGGAUAUCUUGAAGUGGCCCCGCCCCUUUUCCCCUCCCGUCGUGAAACUGGAGAAAAGAAUGAUUGCUGAGUUUGGAAUGCCCUCUACCCACGCCAUGGCGGCCACUGCCAUUUCCUUCACCCUCCUCAUCUCUACCAUGGACAGGUACCAGUACCCCUUCGGCCUGGGGCUGGUGAUGGCUGUGGUGUUCUCCACGCUGGUGUGCCUCAGCAGGCUGUACACGGGGAUGCACACGGUGCUGGAUGUGCUGGGUGGCGUCCUCAUCACCGCAGUCCUCAUCGUCCUCACCUACCCUUCCUGGACCCUCAUCGAUCGCCUGGACUCAGCCAGCCCCCUCUUCCCCGUGUGCGUCAUAGUGGUGCCCUUCUUCUUGUGCUACAAUUACCCCGCGUCGGAUUACUACAGCCCGACCCGGGCGGACACCACCACCAUCCUGGCCGCCGGGGCCGGGGUGACCAUAGGAUUCUGGAUCAACCGCUUUUUCCAGCUCGAGUCGGAGCCCCUGGACUCACGGCCCGUGAUCCAGCACAUCCCCCCACUCACCGCCGACGUGCUGGUUCUGGGUCUGACCAAAUUCGCCGUGGGAAUCGUGUUGGUCCUCCUGGUUCGCCAGCUGGUGCAAAAGCUCUCGCUGCAGGUGCUGUUCUCCUGGUUCAAGGUGGUCACCAGGAACAAGGAGGCCAGGCGGAGACUGGAGAUCGAAGUGCCUUACAAGUUCGUCACCUACACGUCUGUCGGCAUCUGUGCGACCACCGUGGUGCCCAUGCUGCACAGGUUCCUGGGGUUGCUCUGAGGCCCAGGCCGCUGGAAGCAAGCCCCCUGGAUGAGAGCCAGGAUGUGGGAAAGUUGUGGGGUGGGCAAGUCUUGACAACACAUUUUAUUUUGAAGAAAUUCUUUAAGUCACAUGUCUGUUUUGCUGAUAGCCAUGAUAAAUGCUGUUACUGUACGGGGAGGGGGGUGGGUGUUGACUUGUCUCGGAGGAGCAUUAGUUGGGAAGGGUCAUGCCACAUGGGAAGCCAGGCUGAAACUCAAACUCAAGUUCUUGAAGGGUCCCCACCCUCCCUGGGUGUCAACUUGGACACUAGACCAAGUCAGGGGCUGGUGGGAACAGUGCCCACAGCCACACCUGGCUCUGGAGAGGUGGACAGGAUCUGGGGGGCUGGGGGGCGGGCCUUUCUCCUGGGGACAGCCUUGCCCACGCUGAGUCUCCUUUCCCAAACUGGAACUUUGGUCCAGGAGAAAGGGCGGCACCCUGGAAAACUGCAUUCCUUACAGUGACUCUCUUGUCAUUAUGAUCAAAUUAGCCUGUAGCGUCCCAGUCUCUGCAGGUGUGAAUAUUGAAACAGGGGUCUGCCCUUCCCGGUGUGUGCAUUUGCGGGGACUCCAGGCACCAUCGCUACGCUCUUCUGAUCCGUGGAACCCCCUGGCUGCUCCUGCCGCACCGGGCAGGUGGCGGUGAGCCUUCCUCAACAGCAGGUACCCCCGAGCUUCUCUCAGUGCCCUGCUCUCUCCUGCUUCAGAGGAACUUGGGAUAAGCCCUCUGCCCAUCUCCAGCUUCUCUUGCUUCCUUACAGACUGUUGUCUGCAUGUGAAAGUGGAUCCAGAGAGGAACAGAGAAUGUAACUCCCCCUGGAGCCUGACACAGAGAGACUCAGCCUCAGGCAUGGCCUGUCCUGACAUCGCUCCUCCAUUUCUCCGUUACUUUCUGUCCGUGUUUCUCUCUACCAAAUAGAAUCAGGGGCCCCCUUUCUGUCUCCCCCCCCCCCAUCUCUUGGCAAUCUUCAGGGUAAUUAAUGCAAGAGUAACAGUCAGCCUCUUUUGGGAAAACAAGCCAAGCAAACACAAUAGCCUUUGCACGGAGGGUGUGUCCUCGGGACGCGCAGGCAGGUGACCCACACCAGGGGCUUCUCUCGCAGGCCGCCUUUCCGGUUACUGAGAGUAAGAAACACGUAGCAACAAUUUUUCUCAGAAGUUAGUGUAAAUACGUAGUUAACAAAGUACCUUUUGUGGUCCAGUGCUGGAGCCACCGCCGUGGCAAUUUAUAACCCUCGCGCGUCUGGGCCGAGCACACGCUGGGGGAACCGAGCCUGCCCGGGGAGCGCGGCUCUUACCUCCGCGACCUGCGUGGAAGCGGACACCGCCGAUCUCUGUCCUGCCCUCCCACGUGUUCCCGGGCCUCAUGGCUGGAAUGGUCUUUCGUGUUUGAUUUAGUGCUCCAGUUUCUUGAGAAUAAUUUUUAGUAAAACAUCCUGUUCUUCCUUCAAAUUCUCCUCACAUUUUUCAGUUAGAAGGCAGGGAUAAAAAUGGGCCGCCAAUCGACUGUUUUUGCAUCAUACUGACUGGUGUUCGUGGCACCACGCGUUGGGGUGGGGGGCGGUGCUUGGGGCCCUCCGCCCCGCCCCUGCCCCUGCCCCCAGUGCAGUGGGUGAGGCGCUUUCCAUUCCCCGAUGCCAAACCACUGGGUAAUUAUGCAAAAUCAUUUCAGUUGAUUUGUCUGAAGCCACCCGACAAAAGCAUUAGCCUUUGCCACUUGCACCGUUUGUCGUCACAAGCACUGGGGGUUGGCGAUCCAUCGGUGGCCUCCCAACAGCAGGAAGGCCAGUCCGCUAUCCUGAGGUCCUCAAGGCUGCAUUUGCGCAGUUUGGACUGAGCCCUCGCACACCGAAGAACGAGCCAGGGAUUGUCAGGGUUGGCCGCUUUUUCAAGUAUCUUCUUACAGCAACUGGAGGCUAAAGAGUGUGCGUGGAUGAGGCCAAGCUCAGUCUCUGCGCUCCCGCUUGUCUGCUUCUCGCACUGAUAGUCUCUCCCCGCUCAGCCUUUCCCAUCCGCACAGGCCCUUCUGAGUUUGCCUGGGUCCACUGUGAAGAUGCUUUGAUUUUCUCUCUGGGGAAAGACUGCCCCCUGCUGGUCUACCCUCAGUCUUGCUCCAAAGCCCCUCUCUUGAUCUCAGAACUUCAAAAAUGAUUAAAAAAAAAAAAUUAUCAAUACUUAAGAAAAAUCAAUAGGAUAAAGAAAUUUGAAAAAAUGCAACUACCAUCAAAAUUUUAAAAAAUGAACUCGAAAGGCAAGCUCACCGUGAUGUAUCCAGUAGAGGCCAAAGAUCCUCCAGCCUAUAGCCAACCCUACCCUUGGAACCUGUGACACCAGAGCCCUCCGGAUCAUUGGCCCCUGCAGGAGCCGGGUGGGGGGGGCGGGGGGGGGCGUGGGACCAGACGCCUGUUUCCUCCUUGCCCCCAUCUGGCCCCCAGCCCACCACUGCUCUGGCCCAGGGCAUCCUUUCUGUAACCAUCCCUCCAAGGAGUGUUCCUUUUGUGCCAGUUUUGCUCAGACCUGCGCCGUAACGGAAUACGCAGAAGAGACGCAGACAAGACUCCUGAACGGACGCUCCACAGCACGCCUGACGGUCGCGCCGUGACGUGGGGUCUUCCUGCUUGGAGAGGCGGCUGAGACUUCCCGAGAGUUAUCAAAGCUUGUGGUGUCGCAGGGCCAUAUGCUCUGGUUUCUAUUUUGGAAGCUUUCAGCCGUCUUGCUUAUGUACUGUUAUGUAAAUUUAUUCUUUUAAAAAUAAAAUCUUUUUUUUGUUUGA